CGGUGGAUUUUCUUGUUGUUACAUCAUUUAUCUUAACUAGUGCGAAAUAGAUUAGUUUAUAAUAAAUUAAUAAGAAUACAAUACUAAUAUAAAGUUAAUUGCUUUCUUCCCAAAAAUUUCAAUAAUUUUUUCACAUAUUUUCAACUUGCAUCCAAGAGCAGCAAUUUUCCCAAAUUGAUGCUCAAUUUUGUGUAAUUGAAAAUGACCGAAAUCGAUCAGUUCAGUCGCUGUAUAUUUUUAUAAGCGCAAACAAUCUAUAUUUUUAAUAAAAAAGUUAUAAUUUUCUAUAAUUUAUUCCCUGUUAUAAUUUCCGUCAGAAUAUUAAGUUGAAUUUUUGUUUUCAUCUAAAAAGAAAGUUUAUAAAUAACAAAAAAUAAACUCAAACAACCUGAUUAAUUGUUAACUUUAAAUAAAAAUAAUGGCGGCAUAUUUGAAUCGCACACUUUCAAUGGUAAUCGGACACGACGGCAAUACGGCUUCAUCGAUCGACACAAACGCUCGUUCAUUGCAAAAUGCUGCUACUCUUGAAAAAUCUCCACUUCAGAUAUUCGUGAGGGCAAAAAAGAAAAUCAAUGACAUAUAUGGUGAAAUUGAAGAAUACGUUCUGGAGACUACACAAUUUAUUGAUAUUCUUCCAGAUGAUGUGGAUGUUGUUGAUAAAUCAGAAAGAGAACUUUUUCAUAGCUACGUUCAUAAAAUUGCAGCAAUUAGAGAAGUUUUAUCUCGGGACCAUAUGAAAGUAGCUUUCUUUGGAAGAACAUCUAACGGAAAAAGUUCAGUUAUAAAUGCUAUGUUAAGGGAAAAAAUCUUACCGAGUGGAAUUGGUCACACUACAAAUUGUUUCUGUCAGGUUGAAGGUAGCGAUGAUCAGGAAGCAUAUUUGGUCAAGGAAGGGAGCGAUGAAAAGCUCAAUGUUGUGAAUAUAAAACAACUUGCUAACGCUUUGUGCCAAGAAAAACUAAGUGAGAGCUCGUUGGUUCGGAUAUUUUGGCCUCGUGAAAGGUGUAGUCUACUACGCGAUGAUGUCGUUUUUAUGGACUCUCCCGGGGUUGAUGUAUCUCCAAAUCUUGAUGACUGGAUCGACAAUCACUGCUUGAAUGCUGAUGUUUUUGUUUUAGUGUUAAAUGCUGAAUCUACAAUGACACUUGCUGAAAAAUCAUUCUUCCACACUGUUUCCCAAAAACUCUCUAAGCCGAAUGUUUUUGUGUUGAACAAUCGCUGGGAUGCAUCAGCAAACGAACCAGAAUGUCAAGAAUCGGUCAAAUCUCAACACACAGAAAGAUGCAUCGAUUUUCUUACCAAAGAACUCAAGGUUUGCACUGAGAAAGAAGCAGCUGAACGUGUCUUCUUUGUUUCAGCAAGAGAAACACUUCAGGCUCGUCUUGAAGAAGCCAAGGGAAAUCCAGCUCAUAUGGGUGCUAUUGCUGAAGGUUUCCAAAAUCGUUACUUCGAAUUUCAAGAUUUCGAGCGUAAAUUUGAAGAAUGUAUAUCGAAGAGUGCAGUAAAAACGAAGUUCGAACAGCACAGUUCACGUGGAAAAAAUGUUUCUAGUGAAAUGCGCCAAAUGUUGGACAAUAUCUACGAUCGAGCAAAUUCUUUCAGAAAUCAAAAAAUCGACCAGAAAAAACUAAUAACAGAUCGAAUUCAAGGAACAGAGACUCAAAUGAUGCAAGUGACUAGAGAGAUGAAGUUGAAAAUUCAUAAAAUGGUUGAAGAAGUUGAACAAAAAGUUUCAAAGGCUCUUAAUGAGGAAAUUUGGCGUCUCGGUGUUCUAAUCGAUGAGUUUAACAUGCCAUUCCACACUGAGCCAUUGGUUCUGAAUAUAUAUAAAAAGGAACUGAAUGGACAUGUGGAAGCUGGACUUGGAUCAAAUUUGCGUGCAAGACUAUCGAUGGCCCUGGCCAUGAAUGUUGAAACAGCUCAACGUGAAAUGACAGACCGUAUGCACGCACUCGUUCCCAGCGAAAAACUUGUAGUUCAAACAAAAGUAGUAACACGUUCGCAACCGUUUGAAAUGCUUUACUCACUGAAUUGUCAGAAUCUUUGCGCGGACUUCCAAGAAGAUUUGGAGUUUAAGUUUUCAUGGGGUAUAACAGCUAUGAUACAAAGAUUUACGGGAAAGGCGAAAGGACUCAAUAAAAAAGUUCCUGCAAUUACCUCAAAUAGGCACAAUAGUAAUAUGCUGUCGCCUGUAACACCGGCUUCAGAAACACCAUUAUGUCUUAUGCCGACAAAUUCGGGAGGAAUAACACAAGAACAAUUAUCUAUGAUUUCACGUUUUGCGGUUGCCUCCAUCGGUUCUCAGGGAACAGUUGGUGGGCUUGUUGUAGCUGGAAUUAUGCUAAAAACAAUCGGAUGGCGUGUACUUGUCGGAGUUGGUGCCCUAUAUGGUUGUAUCUACCUUUAUGAACGUUUAUCAUGGACAAGUUCUGCUAAGGAGCGUGCAUUCAAAAGUCAAUAUGUGCGCCAUGCAACUAAAAAACUUAAAAUGAUCGUAGACCUAACCUCUGCUAACUGCAGUCAUCAAGUGCAACAAGAACUAUCAAGUACAUUUGCACGAUUGUGCCGCGUUGUAGACAAUGCUACUACUGACAUGAAUGAAGAACUCAAGGGAAUCGAAACUUCAUUAGCCAUCCUAGAGGCUAAUCAAAAGCAAAUCAAGUUACUGCGCAACAAGGCUAAUUACAUUCAAAACGAAUUGGAAAUCUUCGAAAAUAACUACAUUAAGUCGAAUUGAUUAUCGGCCAAAAAGAAUUUUGAAUUCUAUAAUCGAUUUAAAAUUUCCCAGCGAAACAUACCUUCUCGUCAAAUGAUGAAAACUUGUAAAAACUUGAAGUUUAAUAGAACCAACAAGCAAUGCAACCAAAUCGAUCCCAUUUUUGUUAAUCCCUAAACAAUUCUUUAACUUUGAAGACCGAUCUGUAUCUCAAAAGCCAAGCUUUUGAUAAUAAUGAAAAAAAAAAAAUCAAUUUAUUAUAUAAUCACCAUUUUAUGUGUCAAGAUCUUUUUACAGUACGUUAACUAUUUUGCUCGAUUGGUAAUUAAAGUAUGUAGUUGCAGACAUCAAUUUAUUUUAUUAUUUAUUGCUAUUAAAAAUAGUGUUGUUUAA